UGAUGGACGUUCAAUCAGCACAGCAGCUACCAUGAAAGUGCACGUCGGCGUGCAAGAGUGAAAAACCAAAGCAAGCCAUCGAUACGCCAUGGCCCCUAUGAAAGCUAGCAGCCAGGAACGGGUCGUCGCUUCCUUCCUUGGCUGAUCUGUCAGAAACGAGAUCAUCUGUACUCUGUAGGCUGCCUCCGCAGUCCGCACGUCGACGCGCACCGGUCGCCAUCGGCCGCUCGCCCCCGGCCCUUUCCCUCGCCAAACCCAAUCCCUUCUUCUUGAUCGACUCCAUCCUCCUCCGCUAGCUCCAUAUAUAUUUCCACGGCCAAAAGCCGGAACUCAUCUUGCCUCGCUUCCUCUCCCGACUCCCGGCCGGGUAAUCUAGCUUCUCCGAAUAAGAUAAGAGCCUCUGACUGGUCGAUGGCCGCCGUGCAGCCGCAAGCGGCCCCGCGCCGGCAUCCGGCGCCGCCGCCGCCGGUCCCGGCACCGUCGCAGGCGCCGCAGCCCCCGUGCAAGAGGGGCCGCGCCGACACAGUUGCGGUCGCCCACGGCCAGUACGGCAGGAAGCAGGAGAGGGUGGCGGAGUCGUGCUGCCCGUCGGAGCGGGAGCGGGAGCAGGAGCUGGUGCUGCUCGACGACGACAGCGGCGACGAGGACGGCGGCUGCGGCAGCUUCGUCGUCGGUGGCAGUGGGGCACAGGACAACGACGAGGACGAGGUCCAGGGGAGCGGGAGCGUCGUCGUGUGGUGGCGCCGUCAGGAGAGCAACUGCUCCCUCUGGGCGAGCGGGAGCGAACAGCGCGCCGGCGAGCGCGACGGUGACGAGGACCCCAAGGUGGCGGCGGCCAGGCGGCAGGAGGAGGAUCGCAAGUUCUGGGAGGCGUGCCUGGCGUCGGGCUACCCCUGACCCCGACGAGGAAAGCAGCGGCCGAAAGCUCCGGCACGGCCAGAUCGGAUCAGCGGCCACGCCUUCUUCAUGUAGCGUGCAACUGCAACCUCAUGGAACCAAGAUGCUCAGACAGCGGCAUAGGAACUAAGUCAACUAACCUCCCUGCCCAUGUUGUUCAUACGUCGUGCGUGCACUUGCAAGUUUGCAGCUGCAGUAACAGGCCUAGCUUAGUGAUUCUUUCAUUCAGAAAAGUGUAAUAGCGUGUGCACUCUGUAUCUGUUUCUUGUCCCUCACUUUGUGUUAAUAUUAGCGGUGCAAGACAGGCGCUACAAAAAACAAAAUGGACACCAGACGUGUAGUUAAAAUAUUGUGGCUAACAUAUUCUUGUCACUCCAGGGUGGAAAUAAAAUACUCGCAUCUUCUUUCAGG